AUGGGUUACACACACUACUGGGAGGUCAAAGACCAAGCUGUCUGGGCUCAAAUCUGGCCACGCCUAAUCUCGGACGCCAACCAAGUCAUCGGGCAUGCCAACGUUGAACUCCGCCAGGACGAAUACCACCGUGACCACGCCACUAUUGAAGAAGGAAUAAAGCUCAACGGCACCUGCGACCACGAGCCUUUUGUGCUAUUGCCGGCUGGGCCUGGUAGCAUGGGAUUCGCGUUCUGCAAGACCGCCAGGAAACCGUAUGAUCUUGUCGUUGCGACGGUCCUAAUGAGAGCGAAGAUGUUGGCCGGCAAUGGCUUUCGGGUUAACUCUGAUGGGGAAUUUGAUAGUGAUCUGGAUACUUGGGUCGCGGCGAAAAAGCUCUACAUGCAAUUGUGGCCCAGUGAGCAGGUGCCAACUGAAGAUAUAUUUGGGGAUGCAUGA